AAAUUAGAAAUAAAAGCAAAUAAUCCUUCUCUCUCUCUCGUCAUUCUUCUUUCUCCUUACUGUAACAACAACAACAUCAAAUUGAAGAAAAAAAAACAAAACUCUUUUCAUUUCUUAAACACAGUCAAAAGAAACACCAUGAAACAAAAUCACCAAAAAGUAUAAAUCAACUUCCAAUGGAAAGAUUAAGUGAAAAAAACAAAUGGCGAGAAAAAUACCGAAUCCAGAGGAACAGAGUAACGGGUCGGAUCCCGCGCGGUAACUUUCCGGCACCGAUGCGGUUAUGAUGUCGGCCGUUUCGUGGUGGUGUGGAGGUUCGUCAAAAGUGGUAAGUUUCCGCGGCUGUUGGGCUGAACGCGAUGAUGCCGGUGAUGGUUUUUGGGUUGAGUGGCUGGAUCUGGCCGCGGCUGGAGAGGGAGAGGCUAUGCGUGCCACUGCUUGCAGCUAGCUCGCAUGAGGGUCUCGAUUGGAGAUUGGAUAACGGUUGCGAGUGGUGGAACUAGGCGAAUCCGAGGGGUCGCAUCGGCUGGGCGUGGCUGCUAUUCUUCGGUUUUUUUUCUCCUUUUACUGUUUCCUCCCUUUUACGGUGUGUUUUUCUUUAAUUUUUUUUGAUGAUGCUGUUUUAAGGAUGAAUAAUUUUGUCGGAUAAAUCUUUAGAAGUGAUGAAGAGGUUUAAUUGUUUACCAAUUUGAAAUUUUGUAUACUAAUACAUGACAAGGAUGAGAAACCGUGGAUUUGAAUACUAAUAUAAACUAGUAACAAACCCGUGCGGUUGCACGGGUUCUGGUAUGUGACGCGAAUUCGUUUUUCUAGUAUAAUUUUGUUUUUAAGGUAUAUAUCUUUUUAAAAAUAGAUUGUUGUUUAUAUUACAUGGAUAAUUAUUUAAAAAUUAGCAUAAUCCAAUAGAAAAAAUAUUCGUGAAAAUACAAAUUUUAAAGGCAUUUAUAAUAAAAAAAUUUAAAGAGUAAAUAUAGAGUAAAAAAGCAUGAUUGAUUAUCAUCAGAUGACAGGUAUUAUGCCACAUUUAUUUUGAUAAUAAGCAUUUUAAUUAGCAAUAGUUAAAUAGUAAGAGUUUAUUUUAAUUUUAAAGAAAUAAUUAUGAUAAGAUAAGCCCAAAGAUGGUGAGGAAGACUAAGAAGAAACAAUAAUUAAAAAGUAGAACUACUAAUAUAAAUGAAUAAUAGAAAAAAAGUAUAAUCAAAACCAUAAAAAAAAGAAAUUAAUAGAAUAUUGGAACUGUUAAGAAACUUGUUUAAUAUAUAUUUGUAAAAAUAUAUUAUCCGUAAUGGGAAGUUGAACUAUAUAAAAAAAAAAACUUGGAAAUAAAUUUAAUAACUGAAAGGACGGAAAUUGAUUUCAAUAAAAAAUAUAUUUGGAAACCUAAACAUUUUCACUUGGAAAACGUAACUUUCUAGAGAAAACGUUAAUAGCAAAGUCUCGGUGUCUGGGUCUUUGUUUCAUAGUUACUUUGAAAGGUUAUUUUGUUCUAGAUAGCAGCACCUGUACGAAUAAUCCCAAUUCAUCGAAGCAUAUCUGUGUCAGAGAAUGGAAGGUAGCUCAGUGAAGCGUUCUCGAACAACCGUUUCAAGAUGCGAGGAAGAACGUGUUGAAAUCCAGGGCAUUUCGAAACGCACUCGGAGUUGUGUUCUCAAGCAAAUGCUGGAAGAGUUACGUGCUGUAAAAAAAGAGAGCAUGGCUGCGAUUGAAGAAAUCGAGGAAUAUACGGUGAAAAAAGAAGCAGAUGUUGAGGAAGAACUUCCUGAUGGAUUGGAAAGAGAUGCUUUGGAGCGUGAGGAGAUUGCAGUACGUUGUAAGAAAGGGAAACGGAAAGAACAGGCUCAAGUCAGUGCUGGUGGGCAUGGAAGAAAAACCUAUCAUGCAUCUGUUUACCGUGCGUCCUUUCAAUCAUCUGCAACCAGAAGAACUAAAUCUUAUUCGGGGUUAGGCAAACAAAACGGAAAGGGAGCCGCCGCUGCAAUGAGUAAUGAUGGGGGCAGAAUGCGGCGUGAAGUUAAGGAGAAAGCCUCAAUAUCUGGAACUGCUGGCAACGGUGAAAGGCGAACCCGGCAAAGAAAGUAUCAUGGAGUUACCAAUGCUUCAAGGGAUGGAGGAGCUGACACAUAUUUGGAGAAGGUGAAAGGGAAAGCAAAAGUUGUUGGAAUGAAGGUGAAAACAGAACCUGUUGUUGAGGAAGACGAUACGCGUGGCCCUGCAACAAAUGUUUUGGAGGAAAAGGGAAAAGGAGUAGCUGCUGAAGGUGUUCGUCGUCGCGAGGAACAGGUGAUUGUGUCUGAACGGGGUAGAAAGCGUCCCCUUGUCGUCUUAUCUUCCGACAGUGAAAGUUGUGACACACAAAAUGCCGAAGAAGAAGAGGUGGUCAAAUACGAUGAAGUCAUAGAGGAAGAUGAUGGAAUAUAUGGAACUGUCUUUCAAUGGAGAAGGAAGAUGUCUGGGAGAGUUGUACAGAGAAAUGUACUUCAACUUCCCCAGAAAGUGAUUAAGAAGUGUUUAAUGACUGGUCAUGAACGGAUUCAAAUAGCCGACUCUGAUACUGGCAUAGAUUACGACUGUGUGUUGCACCGGGCGGUUAGACGGUAUGGUGUGGAGAGGUUUCUUGGGGAAGGUUGGUACGACUUUGCAAAGAGUAGGGACAUUAAGAGAGGAGACAGAAUUGGAUUCUCACUAAGGGUGCCUCCGACUUCAAAAAUUGUCGUCAGUAUAUUGAACCGGUGAGAAUGAAGAACGCACGUGGUCCUUGUAAUUGCUUGCUGAAGAAAGUUAUGUCAUAUUGUUGGUGAUGGAUGUUUAUGAGGCUUUGAUGGCAAUGAAUGGUUAUCUACUAUAUUGUAUUGAUGUUUUAUGUGUUUAUCUUGUUAGUUAACUUAAAGUUAGUUUUGACUUUAGUUUGUUUGGUAAAACAUUUCACCAAAUGAUCUGAAUUGUAUAUACGCAAGUGCUUAGGGAAUGGUCUUUUAAGUGUGUUAUCCUUUGUCUUGCUGUCUUUUUUUAAACAAUAUCAUAUAAGUAUUUAUGAAGUUUAACCAA